GGCCUGUGCCGCGUGACGUCACGAGGCAGCAGCAGCAGCUGCUCCUGCCGCCUCGUGUGAACUGCAACCCGAGGGCGUGCAACCUAGACGGGGCACUGACACCACAGCGAGCCAGACUCGCAGUGCAGGCAAAGCCGAGAAGACCCCCGACCCGGAUGAGAAGCAGCGAGUCGGUGACUCGACCCAGUCGCCUGCGGCGCCUGUGUCCCUGGCCGUGGAGGCCGGCCCCGGCUCCCCCCUCCCCAGGCGGACACCGGCCCCACGGCGUCCCCGGGGGGGGCGGCGGCGGCCGUCUGAUCGGCCGGGACGGCUCGAGCCGCCGGCGCUGGGCUCCGCGGGGUCCCCGCGCCGCGCUGCGCCGCCUCGGCGACCUGUGGACGUGGCUGCUGGAGCUGCGCUGGGGGUUGGUGCUGCUCGCGUUCGCCGCCAGCUUCACGCUCUCGUGGCUCCUGUUCGGCCUCGCCUGGUACGCGCUGGCGCUGCUGCACGGCGACCUGGGCCCCCCGCCCCCCUCGGGCGCCGUGUGCGUGCGGCGGCUCACGGGGCUGCUCGCCGCAUUCUCGUUCGCCCUGGAGACGCAGCUGACCGUGGGCUACGGGGCCAUGCACCCCGACCCCGAGGCGUGCCCCGCGGCCGCCGCGCUGCUGGGCACGCACAUGGUGCUGGGACUCAUGCUGGACGCGUUCAUGACCGGAGCGUUCGUGGCCAAGAUGGCGCGGCCCAAGCCGCACACGGGCACCAUCCGCUUCAGCGACGUGGCGGUGGUGUGUUGGGGGGGCUGCGGCGGGGAGCGACGCCGCCGCCGCCUCGCGUUCCGCGUCGCCAACCUGCGCCCGUCGGCGCUGCUGGACGUGGCCGUGUCGGCCGUGCUCUACCGCUCGCGGCCGGGCCGGCCUCUCCGCCAGAGCGCCGUCGACUUCUGGCCGGACCAGCUGGGGGCCCGGCCCUGGCCCUACUUCCUCUUCCCGCUGACCUUCCACCACGAGCUGGGCCCCGACAGCCCCCUGCUGCCACUGCUGCUGCGAGAGCCGAGGUGGCCGGACGAGCACGUGGAGCUCGCCUUGUUCCUGCAGGCCACCUGCGAGGGCUCGGGCACCGUCUGCCGUCAGAGGACCUCGUACCUGAGGUCGGAGGUCCUGGCCGGUCGGCUGUUUGCGCCGAUCGACGUCGAUGUGGAGCGCGGCGUCGUGGACCUGUCUUUGUUCGACGUGACGGUGGCGGAGGUGGAGAGUGGUGUGUAGUGGAUGCUCGCGGAGUCUCGGCGACGACACGAGUCGACGCGGUAUAAAGGGGGACUGGCACCGCUUGAUCCGGCUACGAAUCCAAUCGCCUCCGCCAUCGCCAUCAUCGGUGCGAGGAGUCGCCUCUCAUCGUUGACAAGGCAGCUUCGCUACUGCGCGCAGAAUAGCAGCACGUGGCACAGUGAAAUCACUCGGGGAUGUUAAGAGCAAAGUUCAAAAUUACUCCAGCGGUUGUCUGCUAAUGAACUGGCCCAAAGCGAAGCACUAACUGCGUACAAGUGGCAUUUGCUGUGUACCUUGUGUGUUGCUUAAAUGAAUGUGAUCUGUAGGUUUCGUCGCGACUGACCGAGUGCCCACGUGCGAUCGUGGCACCUGUGGCUCGCCCUGAAAUGCAAUUAAAGUCUCGAGGGUUGUCCAGUCCAACCUUGCUGCUUCCUCGCGUCGUGCAGAGCCACCUUGCUGCCAAUCCACUCUCGAGCGGGGGAUCUUCAGCCACAUUUUCCAGAGCCACGUAAAAGAAAGCUGACAUGUGCUGGCGGGUCAUGUAACAUGUGUGUGCUUGUGACCACUAAUCUGUAUGUCUAUAGCUCUCCAAACUCUACCGCUUAUUCAUCUCACACGAGCCAUCAACAAACUAUACACUACACUAUACACUACACUAUACACUACACUAUACACUACAAUACACUACUAUACAUUACCAUACAUUACUAUACACUACACUAUACACUACUAUACACUACUAUACACUACACUAUACACUACUAUACACUACACUAUACACUACACUACUAUACACUACACUAUACACUACACUAUACACUACACUAUACACUACACCAGCGGUCGGGAACCUAUGGCUCGCGAGCCAUAUAUGGCUCUUCCGGUGACGGCAUAUGGCUCCCAGACAAUUUUGAGUUGAAAAAAAUAAUAAUAAUUUUAAAAAAUCAGUUUGGAACUGAUUUUUAAAUACUUGUGAUAUUGCUUAAUAAUACUGUGUCAUUUUAAAGUAAACAGAAAUUAGUUUUGAAGAUAAAUUUCACGGGUCACGGGCCCUGUGACCCGUGACCCGUGGGUCGGGUCGGGAACCAAUGGCUCGCGAGCAUGUGACGGGUUAUUGUAAAGGUGUAGAAAUCCAUUUGAUCAGAUAGCCAACUAGUUUAUCCGCUUCAACCCUUGUAACGGAAAAGAUGGCGAAAAUAAAAAAGACAAUGAUUACCGUGCAUUCCAGGCUGCGUGGGCAGAGGAAUUUGCAUUUGUGGAGAGAGCAGGAUCUGCGGUAUGUCUAAUAUGCAAUGAUAAAAUUGCAUUGAUGAAACGGUCAAAUAUAAAGCGGCACUUCGAUACGCACCAUGCUUCAUUUGCAUCGAAAUAUCCAGCGGGGGACAGCAGGAAAAAGGCAUGCGAAGAGCUACAGCGGAGAGUGCAGACGAGUCAGCAGCAACUACGUGUGUGGACCAAGCAAGGUGACGGGAAUUCCGCUAGCUUUGCGGGUGCUUUGGCAAUAGUAAGGAAUGGAAAGCCAUUCACAGAUGGCGAGUAUGCCAAAACAUUCAUGCUUGAUGUGGCCAAUGAACUGUUUGAUGACUUCCCAAAUAAAGACAAGAUAAUCAAACGAAUAAAAGACAUGCCUCUGUCAGCAAGAACUGUUCACGAUCGUAGCAUCAUGAUGGCAAAUCAAGUCGAGGAAACACAAAUUAAGGACAUAAACGCCGGGACAUACUUUUCUCUCGCGUUAGAUGAGUCAACAGACGUUAGCCAUCUAUCUGAGUUCAGUAUAAUUGCCAGGUAUGCUGCAGGUGACACACUGCGUGAGGAAAGCUUGGCUGUUUUGCCAAUGAAAGGGACAACAAGAGGAGAGGAUUUAUUCACGUCUUUCAUGGAGUUUGCUA